AUGCCAUCUUCUGUGGUGCAGACGUGGGAGUCCUCGAAGAAAGGCAAGACCAAACCUAUAAAGUCUGCUUUCGACAGUGACACUUUCGACUCUCAUGGCAGCUUUCAUGUUGAUGGACUGGUCGGCUCGGCGACCAUCUCACCAUCAGGCAGAGAUGUCGCUCUUGCGUCUCCCGAGGGUCUUGCCAUUAUCGAUCUUGACUCCCCAUACAGUCGGCCACGCCGCUUGAGCAGUCACGGUCUCCCGUGGCUGGUGGUAGACGUCCAAUGGUCACCAUUUGCAGCGCGCGACUAUUGGGUCGCCUCCACAGCUAAUCACCGAUGUCUUGUAUGGAACCUCAACUUGAGAGAUGACUCGCCUACGGGUGCAAUCGAGCACUCGCUUCAGGGGCACAGUCGGGCUAUCACAGACAUUAACUUCUCGGCACAUCAUCCGGAUCUGCUCGCAACGUGUUCCGUAGAUGGGUAUGUGCACUGCUGGGACCUGCGACGACCACGCCAGCCUGCCAUCACCUUUUGCGAUUGGUUCGCAGGCGCGACACAGGUUAAAUUCAACCGGCAGGACCCUUUCACACUGGCCUCGUCCCAUGACAGAUGGCUCCACGUAUGGGAUGAGAGGAAGCCUUCUGAGCCGGUAAAGUCGAUAAGCGCGCAUACCUCCAAGAUCUACGGCAUCGACUGGCAUCGGACCUGCUCGAAGACCCUCGCAACUUGCUCGCUGGACAAGCGCAUCAAGCUGUGGAAUUACGAAUCCGCCGACGCACCCGUCAGUGUCAUCAAGACGGAUUUCCCCGUGUGGCGGGCACGAUUCACACCAUUUGGGCGUGGACUUUUGGCCAUGCCCCAGAACGAGCCUGGAAACCUCCACCUCUAUGAUUGUGGACUCAAUGUUGACGGCGGUACGCACAACCACAGCCACCCAGUCAAGGUUUUCGAGGGCCAUGGGGAGGACCACAAGGCAAAAGAAUUCCUGUGGAGGGCUCGUGGUGGGAUUGCCGAGGACGGCACCGACCAACGCGAGUUCCAGCUUGUCACUUGGGGUGAUGACAACGCGCUGAGGCUGCAGCCUAUGGAGCCUGAUGUUCUUGAGGCUGUUGGCUAUGUCAAGGGCAGUAUCCCCGAAAGCAAUUUCAACAUUACUAGGAAGGGCGCCACCUACAAGACGUUCCGGGCCGUGGACGACCACUCUGCAAAGGAGCGCGCGUCUUCCAAGAUGAGCGACUCGCGGCCUGGAAGUAGAAACAGCCAAUACAGGCGCAGCGCUCUCACCAUGGGUAUGCAGACCAUGUCCUCUCGAAAUCCAUGGGGCGGUUCAGCGCCUUCGUGGAAGGGCCCAGCAAUGAAGGCAAAAUCGUCCGCUGGGAAAGGCGGUGAUCGUGGCCGUGAUCAACUGGGUUGGAUGAAGGGUAUUACCAUGAGUAAGAAGAAGCCAAUACCUCUGCCACGGUCUCCGCAACGGAAGGAGUCCAAGGAUUCGACAAUGUUCAGCCCCAAUUUCCACGAUCAACAUUGGGGUGAGCCAGAAACCAUACAGGAUGAGAUCAUUCGUGUGAAUCAACAGCUUCCAAACGUACAGUGGGACAAUGUUGACAUGGACGAGCUCACCUUGAAAGCCUCUCUCCAGGGGCCCUGGGGUGCCGAUGGGGACACAAUCUAUAUCAAGGUCAAGGUUGACAUCCCUCAUGGCUAUCCAAAGUCCAAGGCCCCUAAGUUCCUCGUCGAGAAGACGGCUUUGAUGGACGAGCAAACGUAUAAGAAGGUCGACCAUGAAGUCAAUCAACUCGCUAGCCAGUUUGCCCGGAGGCGUCAAAACUGCUUGGAGGUCGGCUUCAGCUAUCUCCUGGGCGAGACAGACUUGUCCAACAGCGAUGCUUUCUUCAAGAACGUCAAAGACCUUGAUGAUGACGUUGACGGACUUGCGGACGAAAGCUCCAGUGAGGAAGACGAGGACGUCCCUGCUGAAGGCGUAACCUCGCUUUCCCAGGAUCUCACAGCCAGCGUAGAACUCGAUGCCACACUGACGCCUGCAAACCGGACGCCGGUGCCCCGGACAUGCGGGGCUCGGUUUGCCAACAACGGCACGCUUGUAUGUUUCUUCCCGACUAAGGAAGAGAAGGCCAGAGCAAUGUAUCUUUCGGCACCAGGUGAAGCUGGUAAGGACCGCUCGAGAAACGAGCCGCAGUUUGCUGGCUUCGGCAGAUUGGCUCAAGAGUUUGCAACGCCUCGUAGCCGAUUUAUGAACGAUGAGGUAUCGGCCACAGACGACCAGUCAGAUUCUGAAGAAACGGAUGUGUCAUCGUCGAGCUCAAGCGAUUCUGAGACCACGUAUAUGCACAAAAUCAACAUGUGGUAUCUCCCUGGACGGCGCUUUCGCAAAACUUUCAGUGGCACCUAUUCAAUGCACUCAAGCGGAGGAGGUACCGGGGUCGGCACCGGCACGGGUACUGGCACAAGCCGCCGACGUUUGGGCAAGUCCAAGAAUGUCAUCGCCCUCCACAACAUUGCAGGCGAGCUUCCGUCCCAAAAAGAGUUCGCGCAUGAGUAUCGCAUCUUUGGCGAUGGCGAGGAAGUGUGUGAACAUAAUGCGCUUGUGGUGCAGAAGUAUGGGAGAUCAGAUCUUGUUGAUGUCUGGAAGUAUGCGGCUCUCUUGCUUCGAAAAGCGAUACCUCUGGAGUGGGUUGAAGCCUCGCAGAUGCAUGACUCUAUGCUUGUCAUUGCCAGAGACGCCGUGUCCCGGUUUGGCACAGACGAAUCAUCGCCAAACGAAUGGGAGAAGAACAAACUCACCGGCCGAGUAAAAUGGGGCCAGCAUCCCCUUGCCAAAGAUCUGAUUACUGAUCUCUUCGUGUACUUCGAGCUCCAAGCCGACAUCCAGAUGCUGGCCAUGCUUUCAUGUAUCUUCGGAGAGUCGUCAACUGAGGACAGUGUAGCAUACGCUGAGUCUCACCUGACCCAGCCAGAAACGCCAUUGCCCAUGAAGGCCCCCGCUUUCUCUCUCGACUAUUUCCCGGCCGAUGCCUCUUUGUGGGUAACGAACAGCAACUACAAGAGCCAAGCUACGUCGGCAGCAGGCACCCCCAAGAUCGCUCAUACUCCGACUCGCGUUGUCGGUUCUUAUGGCUCAGACGGCGCCCAAUGGAGCACCGAGCCAAACUCGUAUUCUUGCGGGGAGACGCCUCCCUCGAGGACGCCGGGUGAAGGAGAUCCGACUCAUAGCUUGUCGACAUCUCCGGACAACAGGAUGUUCCGCCGGGCCAACACGGCUCUCUCUACAGCUUCGGGCUUUGCGGCCAACUUCCCACGUCCAUUCGCCAAUGUGGUUUCGUCAUCACCACCAACACGAAAGCGCCCAAGUCCAGGUGACAAUUUGCUCGCUAACCUUACCCCAAACAUGAACGUGACCUGGGGCGGCUCGACCGUUAUUGGUCCAAGUCCGACAUUCGAGCCCUCGAACACGGCUCGGAAUUCGGUUUCUGAUGAUGAGCCGCGCAAGGAUGACCUGCUGCCAUACGUGUGUUAUGGCAUUUCCACUGAGCUGGAGGAUCAGGCUAUCUUCGACGAUGAUGGCUGGCUGAGCGUCCCAUUCUUAGAGCAUUCGCGGGAACACCUGUAUGCUGGCUAUCGAUAUGCCUACGCUGAGAUGUUGCUCAUGUGGGAACAACCCCUCGCUCGGCUCGAGAUCAUGAAGUUCAACGUCUUGAAGCAAGACACUUCCAUACAUUCCUCGAGCUCCUCCUUCGGUACUUCUGGUCGUGGCGACUUCCGCGAGUCUUAUCAGAGCAGCGAAAGCCUGAACCACUUGUCAUCUGGUCAUGCGGAGACGAGCUCGCCCCUCGUCCUACGCAAGAAGGAAAUGCUUGAGAGAAUCGUCGACUCCGAAGUGGGCAUCGAUGUCACGGGAAUAUGCUGGCGCCACGAGAUUCAUCUGGAUCCUGUGCGGCACACCGAGUCGUACGCGACAGCGGGCGGUGCGGUGGGAACCUGCGAGCGCUGCAAGCGCACACAGACACAGCUCUUUUGCGUCUUCUGCCACGAGCCCAUCACGGCGCUCUACCCGCCCUGCCUGGGCUGUGGGUGCGCCAGCCAUGACUGCUGCCUCGCCGAAUGGUAUGCCGCGGGUGAAACUGAGUGUCCCGCGGGCGACGACUGCAACUGCAUCGAGGAAGCUUGCAACAGCACUGUAGAGUCGUGGACCGUCAUGAUUGGCGCCCUGCGGCAGGGAAAGACGCGGAAAGUUUCGGACGAUCUCGGGUCCUUGAACACAACUACCACUAUAGGGGAUCCAUCCUACAACCACGGCGUCCGUCGCAUGUCCAUCGCAAGCCCUACCGUGUCAAGCGUCAUGGAGUGGGAGAACGUGGCGAGCGGAUCCCAACUACCCCUGACAGACGGCCAAGGGAAGCCUCUAGAUGACAGCGGUGGCCUGGGCUCCUCAUCGUCCGCAGCAGGCUAUGCUGCCCACCAGCAGCAGCAGCCGCUGUCCGCAGCCCGGAUUUCCUUGGGCAACAGACUAAAGAAGUCGGCUGGCGCGUGGGGCAGCCAGGGCAAUCUGAGGAAGAAGACUGCCGGGUCGUCUGCCUUGAGUGGAAAGCGUUGA